AUGGGUAACUGGCACCACACCGGACGUGUCCGCACUUUUGCGGCUGCUCCACCGACGGUCGGGCUUCCUGCUCGGGCUCCGGCGCAGACCAGGGUGGAGCCUCGUGGCGUCUCCGUGGAGGAGACGCCGUGCGGGGAGGCCACCCUGGCGCCGGAGCCGAAGAAGAAGAGGAGGAAGACGACGACGACGGGCGACGUGGAGCAGCCGGCAACGCCCGCUCCUGCUCGGGCUGAGACCCGGUUGCCUGAGGGCUGGCGGACAGCCCUCACCGGGGCAGAGCAGGAGUGGAUCGGCCGGGCGCUGUUCCAGCAGAUCCAGCGGGGGGUCCCUCAAGCUAACCACGGACCUCAAGCUGUGAAACAUCUCACCAAGUGUGGGAUGUACAAGACCAUCCGGAAGGUCUUGGACAUCGACGGCUGGUACUUGAUGGCCACCGAGUACCUGGAGUGCCGUCGGUGUCGGAGGAAGGUAGCCGCCUGGUCGCAGGAGGUCGUGAGGCAGCUGGGAGAGGGGCAUCGCGCCCUCUUCCCGGCGAUCCUCACCUACAAGCUUGCCUGCGACCGGCGGGUCAUCAUCCAGCUGCGUGAGCGUACUCGGGGGAACAGCGCCACGCAGCUGCAAAAAAAACUCUGUGAGGCACACACAGAGGCCUGGAUGCGGCGGUCCAUACACUACCUCAGCGUCAUGGAGCCCUUCACGUCGACGGGUGUCGUGCGCCAGUGCACCCCACCGCCGAAACCAUCGCCAGACGUGCCGCAGUACGGCUGGCUGUUGGUGGUGUACUGCCACGACAUCCUGUCUCGCCUGGAGGACGUGAAGGCCCGGGUCACCUCAGUCUUCGGAUCCAUCUUGAAGAUGGAUUCGACCAAGAAGGUGACCCGGAAGCUCGCCGGUGCCGCCGCCCAUACCGCAGCCUGGGCGACCAACGUGGGCAACGAGCACGGGCAGGUGCUAAUGUCCGUGCUCACGGCCACCGAGGGGGGUGGCCUGUUGCCCAUGGCCGCGGGGUUAAUGCGGCGGUACCGGGACGCUGGGGUAGCGCAGCCUCGCGUCCUCUACGUCGACCGGGACUGCUGUUCGUCCCACGGGGGGUCCAAGGCAGCUGCUGCGUUCCAGGAGUGGGACAAGCUGGUGGUCCGGUUGGACAUUUGCCACCAGCUCUACAAGCCCUUCCUGCAGCAGCUGUCCGCCAGUAUCUUCCUGUGGGACCCAGAGGACACAGCCCGGUUGCUCAACGCCAAGAGGAGGACGCUAGAGGCGCAGGGGAUGACCUUCUCGUCCGAAGCCGGAGUGUGGAGGCAAUCCGUGCGGAGCAGCGACGGCACCUCGAGUGCAUCCAGGACCCCGCCGGGCGUGGAGCUGUACACGGAGACAGGCAGGCUGACCAAGGGGGGGAUCAGCCUGCCGACGUACCGUUGUGCGCGCGGCUCCACGUCCCUGGAGUCGUUCCAUCUCCACCUCAACCGCUUCAUUCCAGGAGAAAGUGCCAACCCUUGGCACUUCCAGGCUUUUCUCCUGGAGGGGUUGGUGAGAUGGAACGAGGACAGGGCGGCGUCCGCGGCACAGGAGGGUCGUCCGCUGCUCCGCACCUACAGUGGCCCCCUGCAGCACUCCCUUGACCAGCUCAGCCAACGGGUGCUUGGCUCGAGUUUGGUCAGGGACUACACCAAGCCCAGGGAGUACACGGGGGAACUCAUCGGCAUCGAGUACCUGUACUCCCAGACGGGCAGAGUGCUGCAGGACGUCAGCUUGGACCCUGACGUUCCGGACGCGGGUCCACCGCCUACCGAGGAGGACGACGAGCUCGCCGAAGGCCGGCAUGAGUUGGAGGACCUCACACUCCACGUGCCUGGCGAGUUCACCGCUCCUCGGACGGACCCGCGGUCAGGGCAACCAGCUGACGCACCCGCGCCCGAGCCAUCCCGUCCGACCGAUCCCCCCGAGCCCGCGCCCCGCUCCCCCGGCCGGUCCUCACCAGAGCCUCAGCAGACCGCUGAGGACUACCGAGGACCAGACGACCAGCCGGGGUACCUGGCCGUGGUCCGCUUGGCCACGGCCUUAGUGGGGCUGCGCCACGAACAGGCCCUGUCCGAGGGGAGGGUAGACGAGCUCAUCGGGCUCUACGAGGCCCUGUCCCCGUUCGACAGGGCCCGAGUAGUUUACCCUCCCCGCUACACGGACGGGGCAGCUCGGGGGGGUCGAUUCAUGGCAGCGAAGCCAGGCCGCACCAGUAUCCCUGGUGUGGAGAGCCUGCGACGCUGCCUGGUCGGACAGACCUCUGGACCCGCCAGCAGUCCCAGCACAAGCCGGCUGGUAGAAGCAGUGUGCGUCCAGCUCUGCAACCUGUACCCUACGGGCACCCGUGUGCAAGGCGGCGCCCGGGGUACACGGUGGGACAGCGCACUGCUUCGUUACCGCCACAUCCGGGAGCUUGUGCUGGGACACCAGAGGUUGAUGGCUCGGGCGCCCGUUCAGCUCUUUGAGCUGAACGCUAGGACCCUCUCGCUGUGGUUUACCCGGACGCAGCGAGAGAAGGAGAGGGCUGUGCUGACUCCAGGCGUUGCAGCAGACGGAGGACGACCACCGGCGGCGGCCGCGGCGACAGCGCCGGGCCCGGCCUCAGCAGCGGCGGUGGAUCGUCCGGCGGCAGCAGCAACGGCGACGUCGGCGGUGCCUCAAGGCCGGGCGACGACAGCGGCAGCGAGGGGGGCGGUAGCCCCGGCAGCGGCACCGGCUGUGGCAGCACCGGUGCCCGCUCUGCAGGCGCCAGUGGUGCACAGACGGCUACUGGCGCCACGACCGCCCGCCCCCUCGGCUGCUUACCCGGCCUUCCUGCCGACGGCUGCUGCCGCAGCUGCAACUGGACCUUUAAGAGCAGCACAGCCUCUCCUUGUGGACCUCUCACUGCCCCGGCAGUGUGUGUGGGUGCUCCCCGUCCCCCCCCCCCUCCUGACGCUCCCUCGGACAUUGCCGGCUCCACACGUCCUCCCUCCGCCGCUGGCCGCCGCACAGCACGCCGGCCCUGAGCUGCCUGUACCCCUGCCCGCCGCACAGCACGCCGGCCCUGAGCUGCCUGUCGCCCUCAAAACAGUUGAAGCGAGGAGGCUGAGCGCCAAGCGACGGGCUGAGGCACCUCCAGGCACGACCCUCUCUCACCGGGCCGGCGUGCCACAGGUGCAUAAGUGCAGUAAAUGCGGCCAGCCGAGGCGGAGGGAGACCGGACACUCCCGCUACGGCGGAGAAGUCUUCUGUUCUGUCGCGGCGGGUCAGAGUGUGGAGGACUGGCUGAGGGGGAAGAAGGAGCGGGACCAGGGUAGAGCCCAGCGCUGA